GUCUAUGCGGCCACUCUGUCCGCGAGCGAUCAGGAAACACAGCUAAAAGUAAAACGGACUAAAUUAGCGAUGUGCCAUCAUGUGGUGUGAUAUGUCAACAGUGCCUAGUUUGAAGUUGCCUUAAUCCAGCACACCGCAGCCCAGGAUGGCUCUGAUAGAGGGUGUGGGUGAUGAGGUCACUCUGCUCUUUGGGGUGGUGCUGUUCGUGCUGGUUCUGGUUCUGGCCUGGGCCUCCACUCACACCUCCGAGUCCCCUGAGCACUUCCUCCCAUCAGGCCCGGGCUCCGCCCCUUCCUCAGAGACUGAGAGCCAAGAGGCCGUCCCACCUGGUGACGUCACGGUGCCGUCUUGUGGCUUGGGAGACAACAGCAAGACUGAGGAUGACUCGGGAGGUGGAGCCGAGGGCGGCGGCGCAGACGGAGGCGGGGAUGGGGACCUGUCGGGGGAUGCCGUUCUAAGACACAGGAGCGGGGCCGGUCCGUCUCUCACCACGCAGCCUCCUGCCAGCUCCUUAAGUGAAACUCAGGUGUCCUCUUCCGGCGACGUUCCCAGUGACACAGCGAGAAACAUGGUGUUGAGGCUGAAGUUCCUCAAUGACACGGAGCGAGUAGCGCAGGUCAACCCCGAUGACACCAUCGGUUAUAUUAAAAGUACAUACUUUGCUGGGCAGGAGCACCAGGUGCGGCUGAUCUAUCAGGGCCAGCUGCUCCAGGAUGACACCCAGACACUGGCCUCCCUCAACCUGGCUGACAACUGUGUCCUGCACUGCCACAUCUCCCAGCACGCAGCGCGGGGCGGCUCCCCUGGCACCCACGCUGCCGACCAGGUGCACGUGGCCCUGAACGUGGGCAGCCUGAUGGUGCCUCUGUUCGUGCUCAUGCUCUCCGUGCUCUGGUACUUCCAGUUCCAGUACCGCCAGUUCUUCACUGCCCCUGCCACAGCUUCCCUCGUGGGCAUCACCAUUUUCUUCAGCUUUGUUGCGUUCGGGGUGUACCGGCGCUGAUGGCACACACGUGCGACUCAUAUGCCCAUCUACACACGCCCACCUGACACACACAGCCACCUGACCCGUAUGCCCGUCCACACACACCCACCUGACACACACAGCCACCUGACCCGUAUGCCCGUCCACACACGCCCACCUGACACACACGUGCACUUGAAACUUAUGCCCAUCCACAAACACACACAUGCACCUGACACUUAUGCCCAUCCACACAUGCCAACCUGACACAUGUCUAUCCACACACAUGCCCACCUCACACACACACCUGACACAUACUCCCAUCCAUACGUGCACUAACACAUGCUCUCAUGCAUUGGUUCUUCUGGAAUCUUUGGACACUUUUGGGCUGUCUGAAGGCUGUGAUUUUGGAGCGUUGUUCUCUGAUUUUUUGGUUUUGCUAGUUUUGUCCCCCUCCCUGCAUAUUAUUUCUUGCAUCUGCAAGUUUAUGCUUGUCACAGACAGAAAACUGUAUACUUAGUUUUUUAAUGUUUAGUGACACUCAAGGUGCCUACCCUAACACUUCUCUCAUUCUGGGGUUUGCAGGCUGCCAGUGUGUAGCUGGCACGACAUGUAGGAUGGCUCAUGCUUUGAUAGUCAUAUGACUGUUGGAGUUUCGGGCAGGUUUAUGUGUCUGUCUGUCUGUCUGUCUGUCUGUCUGUCUGUCUCACACUUGUAGAGUAGAGCAGACAUUGCUGCUGUUAUACGUUGGGACUCUUGAAGUACUUUGUGUAAAAAAUGGCUUUUGAAACAAAGAAAUAAUCUAUUAAAUCAUUCUUUUAUUUGUUA